UUCAUUUUAACUCGAAUGGGCACAGCAAUAACAACACCAAAACAGAAAAGAUUACAUUUUAGCUUUCGUGACUAACUUAGUACCAGUCGUAUUUUGUGAAGCGUUUUCUUAAAAUUUCAAGCUCAGUUAACCUUUGGCUUUAGCAUGCUUCCUACAAGUGGUUAUUUCCUUGGGAUAAACUGUCCUAGUCACGAAAAUGGACAAUGCAGUCGGCCUUACUGUCAUUUCCACCACCACCCCAAAAAAGAACCCAGUCAGGUAGUUCCUCAAGAUGCUGCUGUUGUCACUGAUGUUAAGAAACAAACCCACACCACAGCUGAAGAUCCACCACAGCCACCUGAGGGAUCACCAUCUUGCAGUAAUGCUGGUGUUACAAACCUUAUUGCAAAAAAUCUUGGUAACCAGUCAGAUUUACUGCAGCAGCUUGUAAGUGAAGCUGUUAAGAAAGUUCUGAUUGAAAAUCCUCAUUUAGCUUCAGGUGGAAUUGACACUAAUGCUCUCAUGACCCAUACAGCAGCAGAAGUCAGUCCACAAAACAAUAGUCAUAAAAGGAAGUACUACCCUAGACCUCCGGAUACUCCAAGUUACAACCCAACACCAAUUAAAGAACUAAACAAACGUAAAAGGUCAAGUGAAAGCCAAGAUGAAGUCCCCUCAAAUUCCAAGACAGCUAGAUAUGUUCCUUCCUCAAUGACCCAGAAGAAUGUUAUAUCUGAUGUAAAUGAGAGUAAGGAUUCUGGUGAAAGUGAAGCUACAGACUUUUCUUCACCAGAGGAAGAAGACUUAGACCAGCAGAACUGUGACUUUGAUAUAUUAGAGGAAGUGCUUGCUGAGCAUUCACAGAAUAAUAAGAUCAAAGUGAAGAAAAAGAAAGUUAAGGCUUUGGGAAAGUUGCAAUAUAAUUUAAGCAACCAUGAUAAAAAAGUAGAAGAAUCAAAAAUGAUAGCAGAUGCACAAGCCAUGUCUGAUCAAGAUAGCAAUACAUGUGAUGGUCCAAAAGACAAAGCUAAGUUGCAGGAAGAACCAGCUUCUAGACCUGAAUCCUAUUUUCUCCCACCUUCUCCAGUAUUUACUUCAUCCAGUGAUGGUUUUGGUGCAUAUAACACUGUUGCAUAUGCACAAUCUGAAAGGAAUGAUGAUGAUGAAGACACUAGUAAUGCUGAAAAAGAAGAACCUAUUCCUGUGGAAUCGUUACGCACAUGCACUGAAAAUUCAAGUAAUGAUAUAAAUAUUCCAAAGCCAAGUGAGAAGGAAGAGCAGAAGGAUGACAGAAAUAGUGGUAAUAAAUCAGUUUCCACUGGACAUGCAUUGCUUCCAAAAUUUGUUCAAGCUCUUGGUGCUCCUAGACUCUCAAGACCAAACAUCAAAAGUUGGAAUCCACAAGGUAAGAUCACAACUGCUGCCAGUAUGGAUGUAAAUAAAGAUGGUACAAGUGAUCCUUUAGAAGCAAUGUUACAAGAGAUGGAUGGGGAGCAGGUUCCAGUAAAGUCUGUUGAUGGUGGAUCAUCCAGCUCUACUUCCGAUGGAAAUCAGCAGGUACCGCUUAAUCCUAAGAAUACUAAAAAGUACAAAGUAGAUUUAGAUAAGGAGAUCAAAAGUUUAACCAGUUCAGUUGUAAAAACUGAUGUUGGAAAAGAGAAAGAAAAGAUGGAGUCCACAGAGGUUGAUGAAUCAGUGUCAGAAACUAAGGAAGAAUUGAGUGAAAAAGAUAGCAGUGCCCCUUUAGGUGAUGCUACAAAAAAGACUAAAGUUCUUGUGUUAGAUAAUGUAAAAAGCUCAGAAGAGGUUCCUUCACCCAAAGCUAAGUCAGGAAAACAUGAAACACGUCGUCACACAAAGUCAAAGAAUGAUGAUAAUGACUCUAGUGAUAACUCCAAGUCUGAUGAUGUGAGUAGUGAUGAUACUGUUGAUAAAGAAAAGAAAUCUAAUGAUGAAAGUGAUAUUGAUCAGCGUUCUCGGAAAAAGAAAAGGAAGCGAGAACAUUCUUCUGGUUCAGAAUCUCAUGAAUCUUAUCACCGUAAGAAGAGGAAGAAAAGCCACAAACGGCAUAAGAAAUACAAGAAAAGAAGGCGACACAGAGAUAGUCGAUCAGAUUCACAUGGAAGCGAUGAUGGAUCAGGAAAAGAUGAUGAUGAUGAUGAUGAGAAGGAGGAAGAGGAGGAUGCUGAGCAAAAAGAAAAAGAGGAAUAUGACUCGAGUGAAAAAAGUAAAGAGGAAAAAAAGUCCAAAAAACAUAAAAAGCAUAGGAAGAAAAGUAAGCAUAGAAAGAAAUCUAAGCGAAGGAGACGAAGCAAAAAUAAACUGAAGAGUAGAAACAGAAGUCAAAGUGUUAGUGCAAGUUCCAGUCAGGUUAGCAGUCGUAGUGCAAGUAGACACAGAAGUUCCAGUAGGCAAAGAAGUUCUAGCAGGCAUAGAAGUUCUAGUAGACACAGAAGUACUAGUAGGCAUAGAAGUUCUAGUAGACACAGAAGUACUAGUAGACACAGAAGUUCUAGUAGACACAGAAGUUCUAGCAGUCACAGAAGCUCUAGUAGGCAAAGAGGUUCUAGCGUGCGCAGAAGUUCUAGUAGGCACGGAAGCUCUGGUAAACAUGGAGGUUCCAGUAAGCACAGAGGUUCUAGUAAACACAGGAGUUCUAGUAGGAAAACAAAGAACAGCAGAAGCAGGAGUAGAAGCACUCAUAAGCAUAGAAGUGGUAGCACUAGGGAAAGAAGCAAGAGCAGCAGCAGACACAGUAGUAGAAGCAAAGCUAGACAAAGAAGAAGCAGAAGUAACAGUAGAAGCCACAGCAGAGGGAGAAGCCGUAAUAAAAAGAAAAGACGGCUUUCAAGUCAUAGUGAGAAUGCAAGUACUGGGAGUCAGAAACUUGAUGAUAAUUGCAGAAAGGAUGGUCAUUCCAAGUCUCCUCCUGCAAGAAAUCAUGUAGAGAAAGGAAGUGUCAUUUCAACUCCAAUGCCUAUAGACCCAUCAAAAAUUAAACUUGAAAAAAAUCUGGAUCCUGGACAUGAUUCUGCCAUUACAGUGGAUUUAUCAAUUGUCAAGAAGGAAAAAGAAGAAGCGCUGACAGUGCCAUGUACUGCCUCUAUUAAGGUAGAAAAAGUUGACAGUUACAGUGAAAAUCGACAGUUGGAUAGGAAAGAGAACAAUAAAAUUGGAAAAUCUGAUCUUGUUAAGACUUCUAACUUGGUAGCAGAGUCAAGAAAUUCACAGGAAGAAAAACUAUUGAAUGGCCCUCCUCAUAAAAAAGAAAUUUCCCAUCUUGAUAAAUCAGUAAAGGAAACCAGUUCACACAAUUCUCACUCAAAGGAAAAAGAUGUUAGUAAAAUUAAAGAUGUCAAGGAAAGGAGGAAGAGCAAUAGUGAGAGAAGGAGCAGUUCUGAUGGUGUUUCAAAUGACAAGUCUGUGCGACGUGUUAGCACUGACUCAAGGAAAAGUCAUAAAGAAUUGUCUUCUAGUACAGUUGGUAAUGAGAGAAGAACAAGCACUGAGAAGAACAAAGAUAGUUUGACUAGUACUCAUAAAGAUCCAAAGCCCAAAGUCAUGUCUAUGUUUGACCUGGUCGCAGAAAGUAUUAAGCCUUCUAAACCCAAGGUAUUAAAGGAAAUUUCCAUUUUUGACACUGUUUCUGCUGUAGGUUAUGAAUCAGAUAGUGGUUCCUCUGGUGUUUCUGGUCAAGAUGCACUGGAAAUAUCUAAUAAUGAUAAAGAUCCAGCACAUGAUAUAGGUUUUGAUCAGGUGAAAGGCCACUCCUCACCUAAAGAAAAGUCUUUGGAAAAUGAUACUGAUAGAUACAAAAGUCAGUUAAAGUCUGAUAAAGGGAGUCAUUCACACCGAUCUUCAUCAAGUCAGUCAAAGUCAAAAUCUCAUCGGGACAGUGACAGCUUAGUGAAGCGCAGGCAUUCAUCUGUGUCCUCAUCCAGUGUCUCAAAGCAUUCACAUUCAUCAUCUAAAGAUAAAAAUAGAAGUCAUUCUCAUUCAGGUACACAUAGUUCUAAAAGCAAGAGCAGUAGCUCAACUGGAAUUGGUACAGAUAGUAAAGACUUGGCAACAUCACCAUCUUAUAAGCUAAGUCACAGUAGCAGUAGUAAAAGUAAAGAAUCAAAGUCCAGCAGUCAUCAUAGUAAAGGCAGUCAUAGUAGAAAACACAGCACGAGUAGUAGCGACAGAGUUAAAGAGCAUAAAAGCAAGGACCACAAGAAGAAGGAAAAGGACAAGAAAGAGAAUAGAAAUGGGAAAAUUAGUAAUAAAGAAAAGGAAGACAACAAAGAAGAUGGCAUCUCUAAAAAGGACACUAGAAGCAAGCAUGAAGUCAAAAGUAAACAUGAAAAAGAGAAAUCCAGAAGUGAGAAGUCUGUUACCAAAGAUAGCUCAGAAGCCGAUGAAGUAUCAAGUAACUCUGACAGGGAGCUGUGUAGUACAAAUGAUAACAAUGGAGAUGAUGAUGAUGGUGAUUGUGAUGAUGAUGGGGAUGCGGGCAACAGUUCUCCUUUCCCUGAUCUCUCUGCAUUAGAUGAGAUUUCUCAAGAUGACUGGGAGCAAUUGAUAAACAGCUCUAGUGAUGACUUAAAACAUUUGGAAAAUUUACGAUCAGAGGAAGAUUUUGACUUGGAUGACUUUGAUAAAGAAGAUCCUGAUAUCAUGGAAGAAUGCUUGCAAAUGUACAAUGACUAUAAACCUGACCCAGCAGAGACUGAAAAUCUGAUUUCUUCCAAGAAAAAGAUGAAGGUUGAAGCAAAUGAGGAAGCAGAGCCCCUUCCAGGAAAGCAGAGGGUUUGCAAGAUCAAUGUCUGUUGGCACAUGAUUCCCAAAAGUCAAGGGCUGACCAAAAUUCGGAAGAAAACUCCAGCGCAGGUAAUGAUGGAAAGAUACCAGAAGUUAAAGGAACAGCAGGCUGAAUUACUAAAGCAGUUAGAAAGGCAAAAGCAACAAUUAGAGGAGCAAGGUAAGAAUGUUGCUGGGGUAUCAACAUCAUCUGCUGUGUCCUCUUCAACAUCAUGCAGAUCAAAAUCCAGUGCAGUUUCAUCAUGUAGUGUUUCUUCUACAACUUCUGCUAGGGGUAAAAUUGCUCCUGCAUCAUCUACCUCGGCAAAAUAUUCUCCACAUUCCACAACAGGAACACCUAAGAGGCGAAUGUCACAUGUACCUAAUGUAGCUUCACUACUUCAAGCAAGAGAAAAAAUCAAGAAUUUACCCCCUUCAAGUUCUAGGAACCUCUUGUCUCCAAGUUUAGCUUCAGCAUCAGGUCGUGUCCCACCAACAAUUGCACACACUGUUGCAAAGGGUGGAAAACGUUUGGCACAUACUCCUAAACUUGAAACGUUACAAAGACCAACAAUUACACCAGAGUUUGGGAGCAAAGUACCACCAAAUAUCCGCCAACGUUACUUGAAUUCUUUAAUUGAUGAGUGCCUUAAGUUCUUGAGUGAAAAAGAAGCAUUCAACUUGGGGUUGGCUGAAGAACGUGUAUGCUUCCAGCGAGCCACAUCCCGAAUGGUAUAUUUAAACCUUGCUGUUAAUGCAGUAAAGCGACUGCGUAAUCAGCAAGAAGCGGGAGAGGCUGCUCAAGAGCUUCUGGAUACUGAUCCAUCAUUUAAAGACAACACAUUUAUAGAGGAUGCAUCGCCACGGGAGAAACCAUCAACUUCUGGAAUAUCUUCUACUUCUUCACCAUCAUCAGAAACCAAGCAUCAGCAUCCUAUUAAUCCAAACCACUCAAGAUUGUCCCACUUUUCAGUUUUAGCAGGAGGUGGGCACCGGGGUUCAUGGAGCAUUGAGAAGCCAAAGAAAAAUACUGUAAAUGUUCAAAAUUAUUUGAAAGGUGCAAAUUUUUACCAAUACUUGAAAAAGUAUAUUUUAACGGAACAGCAGCUUGAAGAAAACGGGUAUCCAAGUCCAGAUCCAGAUGAAAAAGGAAAAGCUAUCGUGAAAGUGGUUGACACACGUAAAAAGCUAAGCCCAAGUUCUGUGGAACGAUACUGUGAUAGAUGCUCUGUGUUAUACACAGUUGAUAAAUGGGGAUUUCCCUUAUCGAUUGGGCCAUGCGUCCAUCACUGGGGCCGUCCAUUUAAAAAAAGGGGCUACUCAGGAUGGGAAACACGAUAUUCGUGUUGUAGUGGCGACUUAGAAUCUGAAGGAUGUUCCCAAGCAACAACUCAUGUUUCCCAGAAUUAUGAUCCUAAUAAUUUACGUGGUUAUGUCAGGACCUUACCUAAGGAUGUUAAAGAUAGCGAUUGUGGCGUUUAUGCAUUAGAUUGUGAGAUGUGUUACACAACUGCGGGUUGUGAGCUUACCCGGAUAACUGUCAUUGAUACUGAUGGGAAAGCUAUAUAUGAGCAGUUAGUUAAGCCAGAAAACCCUAUUAUUGAUUAUAAUACAAGGUUCUCAGGAAUAACUGAAAGUGAUAUGGAGGAUGUAAAAACAUCUAUACGUGAUGUGCAAGCAUCUUUGUUAGCAAAGUUUUCGGACAAGUCUAUACUUAUAGGGCAUAGUCUUGAAUCUGACUUCCAUGCAUUAAAGCUCAUCCAUGAUACUGUUGUAGACACGAGUGUUGUCUUUCCGCAUAAAAUGGGGCCUCCAUAUAAGCGAGCAUUGAAAAAUUUGGCAUCAGAAUAUCUUAAGAAAAUUAUACAGAAUGAUGUUUCAGGUCAUGAUAGUGCAGAGGAUGCUGUUACGUGUAUGCAUUUGAUGCAGUGGAGAAUAAGAGAAGAUUUAAAAGGGUUUGGUAAGAAAUAAAACUUGGCCAUACAUCAUACAGAUAUCUUAAGAUUUGGUCUUAUUAGGACUUUAUUUAGUGUCAGUAUUUUGUAAAAUUUGUUAAAUUUUAGAAGAAAUGAGAUGUGAUGUGUAAAUGUUAAUAGAUAAAGAUAUGUUUGAUGCGUUUCUAGUUACACAGUUAAAUUUUUUCAGAAUUUGUUGAAAAAACAGUACAGUAGUAGUUUCUGACAUCUAAAGAGUACACAUAAUAGGAAAUUGUUUUCCUAACAUUUUUAAUUGUUUGACCCAAUGUUCUGUUUGCCAGACUACAGUAUCACCUAUC